GCUGGCGCGCUCAGGCUCAGCUAGGCUGGCGCUGGCAGGCUUUGGGCCUUGGCAGGGCAGUCUGCUGGCAUGGUUUGAUGUCACUGUCACUCACAUUCGUCAUUCGUCCGGGUUCAUCCUGCGCUGGUGCCCACUGCCAGCAGACGCUGCUGGAGGUCACAUUUGAUGCAGACCGGGCUUCAGUUUGGUCCAUUUGAACGCUUUCUUUGAUUGCCACCAUGGCGAGAGAGAGAAUCACAGGCCGGAAGACGACGGGCGGCAAGGCCCCACUCCACAAGCUCGCUCAGCGCCCGCCGCUGGCUGGCGAACAGGCCCCGCCGAGUGGCGCCUCCCCCGUCCUGCAUUCCACCAACUCUGCACAGCCCUACAAUGCAGCGGCCUCAGAAGGGGGUCAAGCAUUGCGCACCAUUGCGGAUGCUCGCACUGCGCUGCCCGACCUGGGCCCUGACCUCCUGCAGCGGAUCUUCGCCAAAGUGGGGCCCAACCCAAGGGACUUAGUGCCUCUUGGGGCCGUCUGCAAGGAGUGGCAGUGCGUUUUAAGCGAUUCCACAUGGAAGGCGCUGUGCGUGAAGCAUGCCGGGGGGCUGGUUCAGGAGCUGGGGUACGGGGAACUAGGGGCGGAAGGCCCCCCAGGAGGCUGGGAAGCAAUGUACAGGAUGCUCGUGUAUUGCCCCGGGCUGCACUACCCGACGUUUGAGAACAUCUCAGAAGCUGAGGUUCUGGGCGGCAAUGAUUCGUGGGACGAUGCCUGUGGCCACUUGGUGAAAGAAGUGCGGGGCUUUUGCAAGGGCACUGUGGCGAGGGAGUUUGCAUUCCUGGCCCCGCGAUUUGCCAGGGAUGAGGUGUAUGUAUCGCAGGUGUGCGCCCACAAAGCCACAGAGGGUUGCCCGGGCGGGGAGUGUGAAGCGCCCCCCGUCCAAGCGUACCGAGGCUUUGUGAAGAACUUCAGGAGCUCGGAGUUGGCCAAGGCAAGUGGAGCAGCUGCUUACCUGAGCAGAGAUGCAGAUGCAGAGAAGGAGGUGUCUGGGAGCAAGGAAGACGGCGAGAGGUCUGAUGAAGAGGGUGUGAUGGAAGAAGAGGCGCCUGAGAGCGAGUCAGCUGAGGAGUUGGUGAAGUGUCCUUUCUGCAACGAGCUCAUCUUCACGCUAGACGCAGAGUGCUUCCCCAACGCGCUUUCUGACUUCGAUGCCCUCUGGUACAGCUACCUGGAGGGUUGGGACGAGGAUCGGUCCCAGUCUGAGUCGGUCUUCGACGACAUUUUGAUGCUGGGCUUCGUGUGCCUGAACGGGCAUCUUGUGCUGGGCUCGGGCGGGUGGCCCGAGGAGGUCACCGAUCUGAUUCCUGGGUCAGGAGAGGGCUUGAAGCUUGACUUGCCCGACGUGGUCAAGUUCGUGCGGCGGUACACGCCAUGGAACGACCGGGGCGAGGAUGAUGAUGAGGAGCAUUACAUAAAAGGAUUGGGGUUGGACCAGAUGAUUACAAUGGGGGCCAGGCUGGCGAGCCUGCACGAAAACUGGCCUUCCGUCCAGGAGGACGGGGUCCGCCAAUACCGGAGUUUCUCUCAGUAUGAUAGCCUUCGAAGGGGUCCCAUGAGCAUCGGCGAAUUGCUCGCAAGAGGGCCCCCCCAGAAGGUGCUGGACGGUGUCCGCAAGUAUGUCUUGAAGGGGGUGCUGAGCUUCGCAGAGUGCAUGGGCCUGGUGCAAAAUGCACUGGAUGACGUGGUGAAGGAGAAGGCCCGGAAGGAGCGGGAGCGCGAGAUCGAGCAGGCACUGAACAAGGGGGGCUUCAGGAAUGCGAAAAGAUGCCCUGAUCCAGCUUCGGUGAAGGAGUACAUCCAGGACGGUCUCCUGACCGUGGCAGAGGUUCUACAGCAACAGAGCCUCUCCCGCACAAAGCAGGAGGCGGAAGCGGCGCAGAAGGCUGCUGACAUCAGAUCGUCAGCAGUAGUAACUGUCCGCCACGUUUCGUCCACAGCGGGGAUCAGCCGGGCGCCGCUGCACUCUGUCGCCAACCUGCCAUGCAGCCUGGUCAUCAACGGCAGGGUUUGCAGAAACUCUGCGUCCAAGUCAUGCUCUAACCGCGGCUGCGGCCCCUGCUGCCGAGUGCAUCCCGACACGUGCCGGAUGCACAAGAAAGCGGCGCUCGGCACCAUGGUGCAGUUGCCUUCGGGGCUGCUUAAAUAGGACGGAGUGUUAGAACUCCUCGAACUGGUCCCUCCUGUAAAGUGGUACUCUUCCCACAAGUUCGAAGUCGACAGUAAGCUUGGCAUGGUAUGUGUAAGUAGAUUUCCUACUUUGCCAUCAAGUCCCAUGUGUAGAUCAUCAACAUUCUGCUUGUAGCCUUCGUGACUGGUCAACGGCUGGGGUCGCGAACACCUUGCCAUUGAAGCGAUUGCCUUUGGAGAGCUUUGCCAUGUUCCUUAUGGGUCGAUCCAACACGUUGCCGACAUUCAUCAUCGCAAAAGUUAG